AGCUGGGGACUCAUAGUGGAGUCAAUCUUUCGUUGUCGAGUUCUGCGUCAUCUGCCUCUCUUGUUGCAUGGGGAAGGUCGACGGCCUCAGCCGACUCGAAGAAGGCAGACUCAAAGCGAAGUCCUGCUCACUGUGUGCAUAUGGAUGUUUGAGGGCGCUGGUGCAGACGGAUAUCUGUUUAGUGCAGAGGUACAGAUGCAGGUGCGGUGCAACGUGCAAGCCGCCUCUUUGCCACACGUCAGAUGUGUCAUGGCUACCCUGGGAAGCCCUAUAGCUCGAGCAACCGAAACACCAUAAUGAGGCACGUCGGUGUUGAUUGUUGGGGACUGCAUGCGGUGUGGGACGUGGGUGUCGACACUCGGAGGAGCUGUUGCCAUCACUUGUCGAGGCUAGUGGAGUGGGUAGGACCGCGGCGACCCACCAAUUCACAAUUCUUACGCCCACUUCCCCCGUACCUACCUCAGUCGUCGUCGUGUCAAGGCCCGCCGACUGCGCUGCCAAACUCGUCUUCGCCUUGCUGCAUUGUCGCACCGCAGCCCUAUCCGCCCACUGUGCAGCCCGAGGCGCACAAUUGUACUGGUCCACUGCAGGAAGCCGUUGCCCCGCGCCCCCUACAAGCAAACUUGCUGCUGCAGAAGACGCCAAUAUUUUAGACGACCUAGCAUCUGUAGGACCUGGGAAAAUGAUCGUGGCCUUGUAGAACCACCCAUUACGCGAGUUACCCAGCUUCCGGCGCCACCAGAGCCUCCUCCUCCCCUCGUCUCCUCUGCUCCGUAGGGCAGGACCCGUAUUGCUCCCGGCAUCGCUC